CACAAAUUUCCACACCCUCUAUAUAUAAAUAACACCCCACCCACCCUUCCUUACAUUCCUUAAAUUUCCUUGCAAAUUCCUCCCUUUUCCUAGUAGAAGGAGAAAUGGCAUUCCAUCUCUCCUUUAUUGUCCUCUUUACUACUCUCCUUGCUCCCACAUUCAUCAACUCCUCCCCUGUCCAAGAUCCUGAACUAGUAGUACAUGAAGUACAAGAGAAAAUUCGUAAUGCUACAAGGAGAAAUUUAGGAUACCUCUCAUGUGGAACGGGCAAUCCCAUCGACGAUUGCUGGCGGUGCGACCACAAGUGGUUGAAGAACCGCCAACGGCUAGCAGAUUGUGGCAUUGGUUUCGGCAAGGGUGCAAUUGGUGGUAAGAAUGGAAAAAUGUACGUGGUAACGAACAAGGGUGAUGAUCCUGUGAAUCCGAAACCAGGGACAUUAAGGUGGGGUGUGAUUCAAGAUAAGCCAUUGUGGAUCAUAUUUGAUGGUGAUAUGGUGAUCAAGCUUAAGCAAGAAUUAAUGGUGAACUCCUUUAAGACAAUUGAUGGUAGAGGAGCUAACAUCCACAUUGCUGGUGGACCAUGCAUUACUAUACAAUAUGUUACAAAUGUUAUAAUUCAUGGGAUACAUAUACAUGAUUGUAAGCCAGGAGGGAAUGCUAUGGUGCGGGAUACCCCAACUCAUUAUGGGUGGAGAACAAUAUCAGAUGGUGAUGGGAUCUCUAUCUUUGGUGGUAGUCAUAUUUGGGUUGAUCAUUGUUCGCUUUCUAGUUGUACUGAUGGGUUGAUUGAUGCUAUACAUGGGUCUACUGCCAUCACUAUUUCUAACAAUUAUAUGACUCAUCAUAAUAAGGUUAUGUUGUUGGGACACAGUGAUUCUCUUACUAGAGAUAAAAAUAUGCAAGUUACUAUUGCUUUUAACCAUUUUGGUGAAGGCUUAGUCCAGAGGAUGCCACGGUGUAGACAUGGAUAUUUUCAUGUGGUGAAUAAUGACUAUACCCAUUGGGAAAUGUAUGCAAUUGGAGGAAGUGCAUCACCUACAAUAAACAGCCAAGGCAACAGAUUCCUUGCUCCUAACGACCCUGAUAACAAGGAGGUGACAAAACGCGAGGAAUGGCCAAAAAGUGUAUGGAAGAAAUGGAACUGGAGAUCACAAGGAGAUUUAAUGUUGAAUGGAGCCUUCUUUACUUCUUCAGGCGCAGGGGCUUCUUCAAGCUAUGCAAGAGCUUCCAGUUUAAAUGCAAGGCCUUCUACUUUUGUGGGAUCUCUCACCAUGUCAGCUGGUGUCCUCAAUUGCAAGAAAUCUUCUCACUGCUAGAUUAUUUAGUAUUUCAUUCAUAAAAUAGUAAUAUCCCAAUUGUAUUUACCUAAAUGGGGAAAAAUUAUUCUUAUCCUGCUUCAA